UUAGCUGGGGAUCUGCCGAAAUUACCCCAACAGUCGAAGCGCACAAGUUUUUUUUUUUUUUUGAUAAGUAGAAGCGCACAAGUUCUAACUGAACAAAAUAUUUUCCUAGAACCCAACCCUGGUUUGUCGAUUUGUUGAAAUCUCAUUUGUUGCUUAUAAUCUGCCUUUGCCAAUCCCACGGUGUAUUCAAUCGUUCCAAUCUCACUGCUGUCUCCGUUGUCCGCGGAGUCAAUGAAAUUAUGUAGCACUCUACGUGUUUGUUGAAUUGUCUGAAUGGCUUUAUCUUGUUGCCUUCUUCAGUCCCACCCUUUCACUCUCCCCUACCGUCUAAACCUCCCACCACUUAAUCUCUCUUCCAGAUCCCUCAAACCCAUUUGCAGCAUUCCCCGUAGAGAACUCCCUUCAAUCUCAGCUUCCCUAACCCACAAACUCCCACCAGACUUCACCACAAAGCAGCUCCUCCACGCCCUCAGCCAACGAAAUGAUGAAACCUCUGCGCUUAACCUCUUCCAUUGGGCUUCCAAACAGCCCAAUUUCAAACCCACUUUGCCCGUAUAUGAGGAAAUCAUUCGAAAGCUUGGACACCUUGGAUCAUUCGAUUCAAUGAAGCAAAUCUUGGAGGAUAUGAGGGCUUCCAAUUGCAGGCCCAAGAAAGGUACUUUCUUGAUUUUCAUUGAGAGUUACGCGAAACGAGAUUUGUAUGAUGAUGCUAUUGGGGUUCUUGAUAUGAUUGAACAAGCAUUUGGGAUGAAACCGGGGAGGGAUACUUAUAAUUCUCUGUUAGAGGUUCUUGUUAAUGGAAACAAGUUCAAACUAGUCGAAAGUGUUCGCUCCAUGAUGUUUACAAGAGGAGUUAGACCUGAUGUUUUCACGUUUAAUAUAUCGAUAAAGGCUCUGUGUAAAUCCCAUCAAAUUAGGCAUGCUAUUUUGUUGAUCGAAGAUAUGUCUAACUACGGUUUGGCACCGGAUGAGAUAACUUAUACCACCAUAAUGAAAGGAUAUAUUGAGGAAGGGAAUUUGGAAACUGCGCUUAGAAUCAAGGAGGAAAUGAUAGCAGCUCAAUGCCCACUGAGCAAAAAAACUGUCAAUGUUUUGAUUCUUGGGUAUUGUAAAGAGGGUAGAAUUAAGGAAGGUUUUAAUUUUUUAGAAGAGAUGUGGGUUGAGGGAUUUCGUCCCGAUCAAUUUACGUUUAAUUAUUUGGUGCUUGGUUUGUGGAAGUCUGGACAUGUUAAGCAAGCUUUAGAGCUUUUGGAUUUAAUGCUUCAGGAGGGGUUUGAUCUGGAUAUCUUCAUGUUUAACACAUUGAUAUCCGGAUUGUGUAAAUCUGGUCAAGGUGAUGAAGCCAUGGAAGUUCUCAAUCAGAUGAUUUCAAGGGAUUGUUCCCCUGAUACAGUGACAUUUAACACUCUGAUUAGCAACUUGUGCAAGGAGAAACAAAUGGAACAAGCCAUUGAAAUUGCUUGUAUUAUGGCGGACAAGGGAAUUCAACCUGAUGUUUAUACGUUUAAUUCCCUCAUACGAGGGCUCUGCUUGACCAAGAAUGACGAUUUGGCAAUUGACUUGCUCCACGGAAUGAAAAGACUAGGGUGCCGGCCUAAUGAAUACACAUUAAAUAUAUUAAUCGACGGUCUUUGUUCGAGUGGAAAACUAGACAGAGCUUUGGGUCUAUGGAGGGAUAUGGAAUCUAGUGGUUGCGCUCGAGAUGAAGUAACGUAUGCCACUCUGAUAGCCGGAUUUUGCAAAAACAGGAAGAUUGAGCAAGCGGAGGAGAUUUUUUAUCAAAUGGAACUACAAGCUGUUCCAAGAGAUACAUCGGUUUAUAACUCCAUGAUUGAGGGCCUUUGUAUGAGUAAAAGAAUGGAAAAGGCCGAGGAGCUUGUGGAUCAGAUGAUAUUGGAAGGACUUCAACCUAAUGUAGUCACUUAUGGAAGCCUAAUAAAGGGAUGGUGUAAAGUGGGUCUAAUCGAUAAUGCAAGUAGGCUCCUCCGAACUAUUGAGACCAAAGGAAUGACUCUCUCCCCACAAGCCUAUAACCCGUUGAUCCACGCGCUCUUCCAACAGAAGAGAACAAAAGAAGCCAUGAGACUGUUUAGAGAAAUGGAAGAAAAGGGUACGCCUCCAGAUGCCAUGUCAUAUAGAACUGUUUUUCGAGGGUUUUGUUCUGGUGGCGGACCUAUUGGAGAGACCAUUGAUCUCUUAGUUGAAAUGACUGAGAAAAGAAUUACGCCUGACUCCGAUUCGUUUCAUAUGCUGGCAGAUGGGCUUUGUGCUUUAUCCAUGGAGGACACUUUAGUUAUGCUUGUUGAAAGGUUUAUCAAGAUGGACUUCUUCACCGAAAACGAGGUCUCUGGGAUCAUGGGGUUGAUGAAAAUCCGUAAAUUUCAAGAUGCAGUUGUCCAUAUUGGCGGUAUUUUGAGUAGGAGAAAUCGCAAGAGACCCUAGUAAAGAUUGAAGCUGGGAAACCUGGAUUGGAAGAUACAGCUUGCAUUUCCUGCUUGUUUCUAACAGUGGAAUACUCCACCGGUAAUGGAGACCGAUCGAUGGAGUUUCCGGGGGUCCAUUUACAUUUAGACGUACUAGGGAUGCUUUUAUAGGCCAUGGGAUUUUAGUUGAUUUUCUUGUGGUACACUGUUCUAGUAUCUAAACCACAUGAGAAAUACAGUAAACGAUUCUCCAUCGGAUUGGAAUUUUUGAUGUGUUGUUCUUUAAUUUGGAUUUAGUCCUGUUCUCAUGCAUGGCAAUUUUACCGAUACUGAAUUUUAUUUACUAGUGUAUUUAUUUACCU